CAGCAAUAAACAGAAAUCGUAAGAUUAAAUGACACUGUUAUAAGUUCUAAAAGUCUUAGAGCAAAAAAGGUAGUGGAUUUAGCAUUCAAAAAUAUAAAUUAUUCAGUACUUGGUAUUAAAGGAUGUAAUAACUUUGUUUUAAUUUAAAGAAUAAAGAUAAAUAUUAAAAAAUUUGGAUGGCUUUUGUAAAGGAGGAGAAGUUACUGCAAUAUUAGGAGCAUCUGGGGCUGGAAAAACUUCACUCUUAAACAUUCUUUCUGCAAGAAUUUCUAAUACUAAAACUGUUAAAUUGACUGGAAAAGUAUUAGUUAACAAUAUAGAAUACAAUUCUGAAACAUUUUCUAAUUUUGCUGCUUAUGUUAUGCAGAAUGAUGUUUUAUUUGAGACAUUGUCUCCAAGAGAAGCUUUUGAAUUUGUAGCAAAUUUAAAAUACACUGAUCCAGAACUAAAGAUAAGUAGAGUUGAAGAUACUAUAAAAACUAUGAAAUUAGAAAGAUGUUAGAAUGCAAUUAUAGGAGGACCAAAUCUUAAAGGAAUUUCAGGAGGAGAAAAGAAGAGAACUUCAAUUGGAUUUGAACUUGUUACUAAUCCAAGUUGUAUUCUACUUGAUGAACCUACUUCUGGAUUAGACUCAUUCACAGCAUUCCAAAUUAUGUAAUUUAAAUUUAUUAUUUUAGACAUGAAUUGACUCUUUUAGCUCAUGAAUAGGAUAGAACAAUAGUAUUUACAAUACAUUAACCAUCAUCUGAUAUUUAUUUACUUUUUGAUAGAAUUAUGUUACUUGUUUAAGGAAAAUUUAUAUACUAAGGACCAAGAUCAAAUUUAAUUAAUUAUUUUAAAGGAAUAGGAUUUAGUUGUCCAGAUCAUAGUAAUCCUUUAGAUUACAUGAUUAGUAUAAUGCAUUAAGAGAGUCAAAUUAAUGUGGAUAAUUAUAUUACAUAUUUUAAGGAAUAUGAUAAUUAAUGGGCUCCAAAAGUACAAAAAGAAAUAGAAUCAUCUUCAAAAUCUGAAAUAUAAUUCAAAAAAGUAGAAACUUCAACAUUAUAUUAAAUAAAUCUUAUAGCAAAAAGAGCACUUAAAUCUUAUUUUCGAGAUAAAUUAUUAAUUAGAUAGAGAUUUGGAAUGGCAUUAUUUAUGGGACUUCUAAUAGGUGGAUCAUAUUAUGGAAUUGGAUCUUCUUAGGGAAAUUAUAUGGAUUAUUCAAGUAUGGCAGGUUUAUUGUUUUUCUUGUGUAUGAAUAUGACUUUUAGUUCCUUAUUUCCUGUAGUAUUAUAGUUUGCUACUGAAAGAGAUGUUUUCUUAAGAGAAGAGAACUCAAAACUUUAUACAACAUUUUCUUAUUUUAUGGGAAAAUCAUUUGUAGAAAUACCAUUUUGUCUAAUCACUCCAAUAAUUUAAGAACUAAUAUUAUAUUGGAUGGUGGGUUUAAAUCAUAUGAAUAGUGGAAUUGUAAUUACCCAUAUAUUUAUUGCAGUUUUGACAUGUUUGAAUGGCAACAGUAUUGGUUUAAUGGCAGGGUGUGCUUUUAAUGAUAUCAAAGCUGCAACUGGAUUUGUACCAUUGGCUUUAUUGCCAUUAUUUGCUUUUUCUGGUUUUUAUGCUAAUCCAAAAUAAUUUUAUGAUUGGAUUGGAUGGAUUCAAUAUGUAAGUCCAAUCAAGUAUUCUUUCGAAGCCAUAGCCAGAAAUGAAUUUCAAAGUAGAUCCUAUGAUUUCGGUGAUCCAAAUGAUAACUUAGGAUUUAAUGUUGGUUAAUGGGAAUCAGUAGGAAUUUUAAUUGCUUUUUUCCUUGUAAUAAGAACAUUUGCAUUCAUGUUUUUGCAUUCUUUAAGAUCCAAACAAUAAUGA